CUGAAGGCGCUUGUCAGUGUUGGAGACAAGCCACCCAACUUUGUUGGAUCGUGCCAAUGGAUUGGUUCUAUUGAAGUGCAACUUGUGCUGAGUCAGCUAUUAGGGAUAACUUCAAAGAUAUUGUUUGUCAGCCAGGGAUCUGAACUGGCUUCUCAAGGAAGAGAACUUGCUAAUCAUUUCAAGACCGAAGGAACACCAGUGAUGAUCGGUGGUGGAGUCUUGGCACACACUAUAUUAGGGGUGGCAUGGAAUGAGAUCACUGGGCAUGUUAAAUUUUUGAUUCUGGAUCCACAUUACACUGGUGCUGAGGACCUGCAUGUUAUAUUAGAAAAGGGCUGGUGCGGCUGGAAGGGUCCAGAUUUCUGGAACAAAGAUGCUUACUAUAAUUUGUGUCUACCUCAGCGACCAAAAUGUAUUUGAAUAUUUGCAUUGAAUGAUACAGUUGUGAUAAACUAGCUGCUUUCUGUAUAUAUGGUUUAUUUGUAUUUAAUAUCAUGCUUCUCAUAAUCCCAUUGAAAUAAAAUUACUGCUCUAGUAUUUCAGAGCACAAAUUAUGUACAAGAUUAUUUUUCAAAUAAAAUCUGGUUAUAUCCUGUUAA